UGAUUUCCUAAAAUAAAAAUUAAUCUAAAAUUUAAUGUUUCCUAAUGACAUAAAUUGAGGAAUGACAUAUCUAUAUAUAUAUAUAUAUAAAGUGGGUGAUCUUGUUUGCACUAAUAAUAAUAUCGAUGAAUAAAUCAGUGAUUUGAUUUACUUUAUAUAUAAUAAAUAAAGUAAUAGAUAAAAACAUUUUAAGAAGUAAUUAAAUAUAUUUUUAUAAUUGAUAAUGACUACAAGUAUGUAUUUAUCGGAGUUAAUAAUGUGAAUAUCGAUGUAUAAUUUAAAAUCUUCCAAAAAUAUAUAUUAAGAAAUUAAUCAAAGAUGUGUCCAGCACUUUUAGAAAAUGAAGAACGAUGUUUUGGUGGAAUGACAUUUUUUGCCCAAAGUCAUCCUGUUGAAGUUUGCGGUAGUAAUGGUUUACCUCUUACACCAAAUUCAAUAACUAUAUAUGGAAAAUCUCAAUUUUUAAAAACUAUUCAUCAUCCAAAUUUAUCUACAUAUCUUGAUAUAAUUAGGAGUAAACACGAACGGAUAGUAGUCGUCGCAGAAUAUAAUGGAGAUCCGUUAAAUAGUAAAAAGAAUUUAAAUACAGAUGAUAUUCUAAAAAUAGCAUUUCAAUGCUUGUUAGGUUUACGAUAUAUGAACAAGUUAGGCUUAGUGCAUAGACAUCUAAGUCCUGAAAAUAUAUUACUUAAUAAAAGUGGAAAUGUUCAAUUAUAUAAUUUUGGCCUAUAUUUCAUGACAGAUUGUGGAAAAAAUGUAUCUUUUCCUAUUGGUUACCCAAAGUAUACAGCUCCUGAAGUGUUUUUGAGUUCUGGUGUUAGUAGCCCAAAAGUAGAUUCCUGGUCUUUAGGCAUGAUUAUUGCAGAAUUGUUACUAACAAAAUCAAUAUGGUCAGGUGUAAAAUUAUCUCAAUGUUUGCGGAAAGUUCUUAGUCUAAUACAUUGUGAAACUUCUGUAUUUGAACGUCUUGCAAGAGAAAUUAAUUGUUAUAAUAUUUACAAGGAUUUGCCUGAUAAAGUAAAAGAAUUUGUAGAUUGCUGCCUUCAAAUUCAUCCUUUAAAACGUAAAAUACCAGAAGAGCUAUUGAAGUUACCUAUAUUUGAAAAAUUUUUGUUACAAAAUGAGAAAGAGAUAGAAAAAAAUUUAUAUAUGAAUGUUAUUGUUAGAAAAAUGGAUGAAUUAUAUUAUUUAUGGCAAUUAGCAGGAGGAGAUAUUACUGUGGAAUUAAAGAAACAAGGACUUAUCAGAUCAAGACCACCCAUUUUGUCUAUUCCAAAUUUAGUAAUACUUUUAGGUCAAAUGUUUGGCAGAAGAGAUACAGCGGGAUUAUUCGAUUUACGUGUGGUUAAAAUUCCUCUCGAUACACUACAUCAACGUUUAUCUCAUAUUCCAUAUAUAGCUAAUUAUCCGUGGUUAACAGAUCAAAUGCGUGUUCAAUCACAAGAAGAACUGAUAGAUGCUGCUUCUCAAUUACCUUUAAUUAUAAGAGAAAGAGAUACGGAAUACCAAUUUUAUAGAAUUGUUUUAUAUGAUAGAUUAUUACAGGUUUAUCCAAUUACACGAGAAGCAAUAAUUGAAGAAGCACACAAAGAUAUACCUCCACCCGUUAGAGGAGCUGUAUGGGCAGCAUUACUUGGUAUCACUGGCGAUAUUCAGAAAUAUUAUGACAUGAUUGAUAAAGAAACACCUACUCAUACAGAUCGACAAAUAGAAGUAGAUAUACCAAGAUGUCAUCAAUAUAGUGAGUUAUUAUCAUCUGGUGCUGGUCAUGAGAGAUUACAAAGAUUGCUCAAAGCAUGGGUUCGAAAUAAUCCUCAUUAUGUUUAUUGGCAAGGAUUAGAUUCAUUAACAGCUCCAUUUUUAUAUCUUAAUUUUAAUAAUGAAGCUAGAGCAUUUGAAUGUCUGUCUAAAUUUAUACCAAAGUAUCUUCAUAAAUUUUUUCUAAAAGAUAAUUCUGCUAUUAUACAAGAAUAUUUAGGAAAAUUUUCACAAAUCAUAGCUUUUCACGAUCCUCAAUUAGCUAAUCAUCUUAGAUCAAUUAACUUCGUAUUAGAAUUAUUUGCUAUUCCGUGGUUUUUAACAAUGUUUUCACAUGUGUUUCCACUUCACAAAAUACUUCAUUUAUGGGAUAAACUUUUAUUAGGAGAUUCUUCAUUUCCACUUUUAGUUGGAUUAGCGAUAUUGAAACAAUUACGAGAUUCCCUUUUAACUUCCGGUUUCAAUGAAUGUAUCCUCUUAUUUUCUGACCUUCCUGAAAUUGACAUCGAAUUAUGUGUUAAAGAUUCUAUGAUGAUGUACCAAAAUACACCACCUAGUAUUACUUAUAGAAAACAUCAAUUUAAUCAACCAAAGGAUAUAAAUUGGUUGGAACCAGAACCUGGUACUGAAAAGAUGCCAAGAAUUUGUGUUGAUGAUUUUUUAGAUUUAUUAGAUAAUAGUCCUGAUAGAUUAAUAGCUGUAGAUAUACGCAAUAACAUACAAUUUGAAAGAGGUGCUGUAGUAGGCAGUAUUAACAUUCCAUUUACAAGUGUACAACUUUCUUUAACUCACAUCGAAACUCUUGGACCACAUGCAAAACCACUUGUAGAAAAUAAAAAUAGUAUUGUUGUAAUUAUUGGACCUCAUGAUCAAAAUAAUGCAUUGUUUGCAGAUUUCUUGAUAAAAUGUGGAGUUGUGGGUGUAUGCUCUUUACAAGGAGGAAUUUCUGCUUUACGGAUGAAAUCUCCAAACAUUAUAGUAGCACCGCGAUAAAAAAUAUCCCAGUAUUGAUACAAUCAAGGAAGAGAUGAGUUUCGAAAAGAAAGAAUAAGAUUUUUUCGUUUAAAGUUUUGUCGAAAAAAUCAAGUUAAAAAAUUUAUUAAAUUUUAAAUUUAGCCAAUUCUAAACGUGAUAGAAAAAAAUAAUUAAUAGGAAGUUAUUCUACUUGUAUAAUCGAAAAUGUAGAAUAACAUUUUUUUGGAUGCUCCGUUUUUUGAGAAAAUU